AUAUAUAGAUAUCAGUAGUUUUUUUUUUUUUUUUUUUUUUUUUGUAACUGAAUAUAUCAGUAGUUGGGAAAACCAAAACAAAACAAAACAAAAAAAGUGUUUUUUUUUCUUUCUCUUCAGCUCGAUCGAGAUCAUAGCGUUUUCUUCUCCGGCGUAAUCAUGACAACUUCAAAGAGACUAGCAGACAGGAAGAUAGAGAAGUUUGACAAGAACAUUACUAAAAGAGGUUUUGUUCCUGAGACCACCACCAAGAAGGGCAAGGACUACCCUGUCGGACCCAUCCUCCUCGGUUUCUUUGUCUUCGUUGUCAUUGGCUCUUCUCUCUUCCAGAUCAUCAGGACUGCAACCAGCGGAGGCAUGGCUUAAACCGAAUCACCAUUCAGGCUAAGAGGAAGCAGUUUUCAUUAUGAAUUUCUCUUCUUCUGUCUUGUCUCUUUUUCCCUUUGUACUGUACAAUGUGUUAACUUUCUGUUUUACCACAAUACUAAUGUUAUGCAGAAUGUUUUCUUGAAGAUAUUAUAUCCAAACGUUAAAUGUUUUCUUAAACUUA